CACUGAGUAGUGAGAAGUUAGAAGAUGUGCUGUGGUCUGUGCUGUUUUGUGAUUGUGCUCAGCUAGGUAUCUAUGCUUAAUGCUGUGAAUUGAAUAACUACUGAGAUUUUAAUUCAAUAAUACCUACCCUACAAUACAUUUUAGCAGAAAAAUUUGCUGCAUAAUUAAUACCAUUAAUAAUACAAAAUAGAACACCAACAACAUACAAAUAAUUUCUUGAUAAGUGUGAUACACGAUACAGUACCUAUUCCUGUAGCGAAUCAGAGAAAAUUAUUUCCUUGAUUAAGAUGGAUUCAUUGUCGAAACAAGAAUUUAUAUCUACAAUUACUAAGCAAGCAGACCAAAUCAAGAGAUACGAAGCGAGGCUUCGAGAUGUUGUUGCUGCAUAUAAAGGUCUUGCCAAGGAAAAAGAGGCUUUAGAAAUAAGUUUAAAGGCUCUAAAUAAGACAGAAAUUUCCAGUAAUAGUAGCAGAGAUGAUUCAGUGGCAGCCCUCACAUUGUCUCUGUCUACUCUAACAUCAGAGAAGGCACGGAUGGAAGAAGCUUUUCAGGCUGACAAAAUAGUUACCAGGGAUAAGUAUGAAAAUAUGAUAUCCUCUAUGAGGGAGGAAACAAAGGCGCUGGUACAACAGCAUCUAACCGAAAUCAACAAUUGGAAGGCGAAGGUGGCAUAUGAAAUACAGGAGAGAGAGAAAGAGAGGACAGAUCACAUGGUUAUGUUGAAAGAACUCCACAUGAAGCUAAAUAGUGAAAGGAAGACUAAAGAGAAGUUGGAAGACAAAAUGGUCACCGAUUCAGAGUCACAGGCGUCCCAGGCGGAGCUGGAGAAGCGCGUGCGGGACCUGAGCAGCUCGCUGGAGGCGGCGCAGCGCCGGCUGCAGCGCGCGGCGGCGCGCUCGGCCGACACGCCCGCGCUGCUGCUGCGUCUGCAGCAUCGGCUGGCGCUGCUCGAGCAGUCGCACUCCAUCGCCAUCCGAGAGGAGCAAAUAAAAGCUAAGCGCGCCGAGGAGUCGGCACGGAAGACAUGCGCCCGUCAGGAGGAGCGGGUGGCGUUACUCGAGGACAAAUUGGCGGAACUGUCGGAAACUGUCGGCCGCUACGACCUGCGGCGGCGGCACGACCAGCAGCUCAUACAGCAGCUGCGGACCGAACUCAACGGCCGCAUCAUGGACAAGAUGACGCCCGCCGGACCUGAUUAUGUUGGCGAUUCCAUUGGAAGCGAAACGGACUCGGAAAAACUAGCGGACAGCGAAUAUUUAAAAACACUCAUUGACAAGAUACAUAUCCUAAAAAAAGAACUUAUAGUUGAGAAUGAUAAACUUGGCAGUCCAAUAGACAUAACUACCUUUUUCACCGUAGAAGGUUACGAGAAUAUACAUAAUAAAUGCAAAGAGGAACUGGAAAGAGUGAAAUCAGAAUUUGAGAUGUUUAAAAAACAGAAUGAGAAAGUUGAUGUGGUGGAUAACAGCGAGUUUGAAACCCAGAAGACAGAGAUAGCAAUAUUGAAGGAGAAAAUUGAGACAUAUAAGAUGUUGUUGGAAGAAGAAAAACAGGAUAAAGCGGACACAUUGAAGCUUUAUGAAGAGAAAAUGAAAAACGCACAAGAUUACCACAAAGAAGUCGUUUCUGAUUUAAAAACGCGCGUUCAGAGUCUCGAAAAGCAAGUGCAGACGCAACGCGACAGAUACGCUGCGUUGCUCGAGGAAACAGACAAUUACAUCAGAACUAGGAACGAUAGGUCAAGGAAGGUUAGCGUCGAGGACGGACACUGGAAAGAGGGAAUGUUGAAUGAUGUGACAGCGCCCCCUCACAUGUUGCAUUAUGCGCAUGAGUUGGCAAGAAAAGAUUUGGACAUAUCGCAAUUGAGAAAAGAGAAGCAUACACUUGAGGGACAGUUCAGAGAUUGCCAGCGAGAGUCUACCAUAGAGAAGGAGCGAUUUAAAGAAGUUCUACGGACGCUGAAGGAAGAAAUAGACAGAUUGCGUAGGAUCCAAUCACGCGAAGGGGCCAACCUGGAAUAUCUGAAGAACGUGGUGAUAUCGUACCUGAUGUCGACGGACGACGCCGGGCGCAAACACAUGCUCAACGCGAUCGCUGCUGUUUUACAUUUCACUGCCAAUGAGAAGAACCUUGUCUUGGAAACAUUGUGAUACAUCUCAGAAUACAACUAAUCUGAUCAAAAAGAACAUAUCACUCUCCAGCUCUUCUAUUUCCAACUAUUUCCACACAAAAAAUCACCUGCAUACAAUACUCCGUUUUGAACCGAAAGUAGGACAAACACGCUUUUCACAUUUAUUAUUAUCAACACGCUUUUCCCAUUUUGUUAUGGGUGGAGAAUAUCUAGUAAAUUACUUGUAUAUGUCAGAGACAGAAGUGAGAGUUUACAGGAAGAAUUUGCGAAAUAGUCAGCGCCAUCUAGUGUCAAAAUUAUUGACUAAUAGUGGCGACAUCUCUCGGUUUAUCUGUCAAGGAGAGUUCUUCUUUCGAGUGUGUUAAUUGUUAACAUUGGUUUUUAUUAAAGAAGGACAAACAAACAUACUUUCACAUUUACAAUAUUACAGAUUUGGAUGUUAACUUCAUUAUUAGCAGGAUUUGGUUAAUUUAAUGAAUGAAUGAAUGAUUCUUAUUGUGUUAAACAUGGUCAAAUGUACAAUAAUUUUUUUUUGGAAUUACGUGGACUUAUGUGGAGUUGAAGGAAUUUCUUUAAUUAAAUUAUUAAGAAAAUAUCUAGAAUAUUAUUACUACUAAAUGCUUUUUGACGCUACUUCAGACGUUUCAUAAUCAUUAACUGCAUUCCAACGUGUUCCAAUUGUUGGUCAGUGACCACAACAUCACAUUUAAAACUCAUAUUUUUUUAGAUGGAUUAGUCGAUGAAGAUGCAUCGCUGGUUUUAUUCUGUGAAUUUUGUGAUAGGUAAAUUAGGAUCGAAUAUUUUAUAGGUAUGUAUAGUGCAUAGUGUACAUUUCCCAUGGCAAUGGUCUAAUGUAUUGUAAAUGAUGUAAGUAUAUCUAAAGUAUUUAAGAUAAGUAUUUUAUGUUCAGAACGAAAGAUGAUAUUUUUGAAAGAAAACAUGUGUUUUAAAGUUUUGUACCAUUACAAUUUUGUAAAACUUUUAUAAUCACUUUCGUAUUUUUGUGAAAUAAUAUUAUACCCGCAAAUUAUUAAUACCUGGCAGCCAUGUUGAUGACGUUGCGUUUCACGAAGACUGAAACAAUGAUGACAAGUCGUGGCCUGGUUCAAUCAAUUAUGAACUUAGUAUUUUAUAUAAGAAUACUAUUAAGUUCAAUUAUUGAUAAUACUUUCUUCUAAAAUUAUUUAUCUAGGAUAAUGUUGAAUUUAAGUUAUAUAUGAGGCUUUGUAUUAAAAGAUAAAUAUAUUUCAUGUUUGUAAGUGU